AUGCAUCAAUCAGGUCGCACGAAUGCAAAGCGACGCAACCCCAAUCCGCUGCGAGACCGUACACCCGAAGAGCUGAAAGGGGAUGUCACCUGGUUCCACGGCAAUCACGAACUGAAAGAGGUGGUCGAUCUUGAGCUGCUCAUCAAGGGAGCGCUCAUAGCGCAGGAUAUUGCGAAUAUAGAGACCUGUGGCUUGAGCGCGCCCCAAAGGCGGGCCAUAAAGUCCGAAACAAGGUUGGGAUUCUUUCAGCAAACGAAGGAGCUCAAGACCACCAUCCUAGCUACUGCAUGUGCAGCAAUUAUUCAGUAA